AUUAAACAUUUGUAUUCGUUGGAAAACAAUAUAAUUUUGUCUAAAAUGUUGAGCAAAUCAUUUCUAUUACAAGCGCUGGUAGUGAUGACACUAAUGGUCAGCAUUCACUGUCUUCUGUGCAAUAAUGACGGCGAUUGUCCCACCAAUGAGUGCUGCGUUAUUGGCUUACUUGCGGAUCAGGGAGUUUGCAACGACCUAUUGCCCAAGGGCACUUCGUGCAAAAACACACACUGCCCCUGUGGACCUAACCUUGUUUGUAGGAUUACCGAUGUUGGACCACACGGUCACUACAGCAAAGAUUGCGCUGUGCCAGAAAACAGUACAUUACUACAUUAACUAGCGAGUUUUGUUGAUAAAUUAUAUACAAAUCAGG